UGGAAGAACUGGUGUGCUCGUGGACUGGACUCUGGUCUUGAAAGCGCGGCGUGGCGCGUCUGGUGGGAUCGGAGGCACGUAGACAUCGGUAGCUUACCAACAUGCAUAUAACCAGGGAGUCGAGGCAAAGGAGAUUGGCCAGUUUGCACGGACCAUUCGACACGAGUGGAUCGUCGCUUGUAUGUUUCGUGCAUUCGAUUCCACGUGAACGUUAUUCUCGCCUGCCGCGCCGCGCCGCGACGCGUCGCGACGUGAUAUCGAUAUUUCCGUUUGGACGAUUAACAAAUACACUCCGACUAUAAAUUUCUCGGCUCUCGCGUAGCUCGAAUGAUAAUUCCUCGAUCGCGAGGAGAGUGUUUUCGUUGAAGAAUUUACCGUUCGUGCUGGACUUUGUACGAGUAAUGUACGUGCGAUAGAUCGAACAGAUCUAGACAAAGUUGGAACGCGUAGAAAAAUUGUAUUCCGAAGGCUGUCGAAGAAAAAGUGAAACGUCAGUAAUGAGGAAUCGGAGAACUUUUGUGAUCGUUGUCGGUAUCCUGACACUGGGAUGCCGUACUUUAUGUAUCACUGGUUCUGCGAUACCCAUGUGGGAAUUCCUGUCGCGGGACGAGAAAACGAGCCAUUUGUUCCGAAUAUUCAGUGAGCAAGUAGCAAAGUUCUGCACGGAUUCCUCGAUGCCUGAUUGCAACAAAAACUUGCUCGUCUCCGGUCUUCGAAGUCUAGCCAAUAUGGACGACACGUUUCUCGAUAAAUUGGAUCCGUAUCAGCGUGGCGCCAAGGAAAUGAUUUGGCGCGCCAUGGCGAAAAACGGAUAUUCGCCGAGAACCGGUCACGAGCCAGAUGAAUCCUACUUGACGACUGGACCAGAUUCGUUAGCCACCAGCUCCACCGGCAGCGAAACGAAUGGCUUAGGCGAAGACACGGCAUCGUCGGCCGACUACGCACGACCAUCUGCAGGCCCGUACCUGGUCGGACCGAUGGUGAUUCGCGUAUACCCCGAUGGUCGACCGGUUCCGGAGGAUUCCACGCGUCCUUUGCCACGCGACGAGGACAUCGACGAGUACAGACACUCUCGGCUACCGUCUAUCGAUGAACUCGAAGCGGCCAGCAGUACGAUGUACGAUAAUCGAUCGAAACCCAAUACGUUUCCCGAGCCGAACAAUCAGCCAGGAUCGCGAUCGCGAUCGCGAUCGCAACCACGUCCGCAGCGCCAACGUCUCAACCAACGAUCCGUUCAUCUACCGUUUGAAACAAGAUUGCUUCAAGAGGUCGUCGCAACGCGCAAUAUACGCUACUAUUGAGGAAAUGUGAUUCAUCGUUGAGGAAUGCCGAAGGAAAUCCAGCCUCUUUUUAAACGACUAUAGUCGACUGUAUUUCGAGGCUGGUAUUGCCUACAUACACCUAGUAUCUACGCUAGUAGAACGGAGAAAUGCGUUUCGUUGCAACUUGCAACCGUUUUUCCAUCGAGUCGAUAUCUAUACACGAAGGAUACGUAUGCAUACGAUUACGAAGUCCUCGCCCAAAAGUUUUACCUUUUUUUAAAAGAGACGGAUAAGGAAACGAACGAAACGCUGAUAUUUUUCAAUCGUAUUCAUUAUCAAUUAUACGUGUUACGUAGUCGGAAACUAAUGUCGCAAAGUCGGCAGUGAUGAGUGUUGAAAAGACUGUUUUUGCGUACAACAUUCGUACAUAGUUUUCACGAGCGUUGGUCAAAAAGUAUCCGUCGGUCUCUGAAAUCGUUUAACGUACGCGUAGCGUGUUAAUUGACGAUUGGUCGGCAAUCAAACUUUCUAUUUAUUUUCGUUAUUAGUUUCUAAUUGAGAAUACGCGAUAGAAUAUUCGAUUCUAUUUAUAUAUAUAUAUAUAUAUAUGUUUAGGUUUACGUUUAGGUUUAUGAAUACCGCUGAUGCAUGCUUUCAUUCGCUUCUGCACACGAAUAAUUAUAAUUAUAAUCGCCGACCAUGAACACUUUCGAUCAUACGUUUUCAUUCACUCGUUAUUUAUUUCAUCAUUUGCGUAAUUAGUUAUUUAUCUUUGCAUCGUUUACCGCUUGCAGUUUCGUUUAUAAUUAUUACCGUAGCGAGUCUAGCGCCAAAAAGCACAAAGACGGACCGAUCGUUUUGUUACGCGAGACCGUAAACACGUCACAAACUCUCGAUUAUACCAUAUUAUACCAUCAAAUUUUAUCGAGACAAACGCCUCCGUUGGUGUAAAGGAACUUACCUCGCUGAAAUUUCAUUAACAGGGAAUAUUUUUAUGCGUGCAAUAUAUUAUUGUGAUUAUUCCAAUUAUACGGUCGAGUUUAUAACUGGUAUUUACACGAAUACGAUGUCCAUUUCGAAAUUUUCCGCAUCGUAGCUUUUUAAAUACCGCAUUAAAAUUUUCGAAAAUCUCUCAAACGUCCAUGUUUUAUACUUGUACAAGGUAGCAUAGAUCUUACGUGUAUACAAUGUUUGUAAUAAUGUAACAUCAGAUUAUUAUUAAAACGAAAGUGAAAGCAAUUUUUAUGAAUAUAUAUUUUUAAACAGAUGUAGAUGAUUUAUAAUUAUAAUAAAAUGUGAUAUCCGAGA